AUGGGCAGAUCAGAAAGUCAGAUGGAUAUAACUGAUAUCAACACUCCAAAGCCAAAAAAGAAACAGCGAUGGACCCCUCUGGAGAUCAACCUUUCGGUCCUAGUCCUGCUCCUUACUGUCAUAGCUGUGACGAUGAUCGCGCUUUAUGCAACUUAUGAUGAUGGCAUUUGCAAGUCAUCAGGCUGCAUAAAAUCAGCUGCUCGACUGAUUGAGAACAUGGAUCCCACUGUUGAACCCUGUACAGAUUUUUUCAAAUACGCUUGUGGAGGCUGGUUGAAACGCAACAUCAUUCCUGAAACCAGUUCCCGUUACAGUAACUUUGACAUUUUAAGAGAUGAACUAGAAGUUGUUUUGAAAGAUGUCCUUGAGGAACCCAAACCUGAAGAUAUAGUAGCAGUGCAGAAGGCAAAAACACUGUACAGGUCUUGUAUAAAUGAAUCUGCUAUUGAUAACAGAGGUGGAGAUCCAUUGCUCAAACUGUUACCAGAUAUAUAUGACUGGCCAGUAGCCACAGAAAACUGGGAACAAACACAUGGUGCUUCCUGGACAGCUGAGAAAUCUAUUGCACGACUGAAUUCUAAGUACGGGAAAAAAGUCCUGAUUAAUUUUUUUGUUGGCACCGAUGAUAAGAAUUCUAUGAACCACAUAAUUCAUCUUGAUCAGCCUCGACUUGGCCUUCCCUCCAGAGACUACUAUGAAUGCACUGGAAUAUAUGAAGAGGCAUGUAACGCAUAUGUGGAUUUUAUGAUUGCUGUGGCUAAACUGAUUCGUCAGGAAAAAGGACUGCCCAUAGAUAACAACCAGAUUUCUUUGGAAAUGAAUAAAGUUAUGGAAUUGGAAAAAGAAAUUGCCAAUGCUACCACUAAACCUGAAGAUCGAAAUGACCCAAUGCUUCUUUAUAAUAAAAUGACAUUGGCCCAGGUCCAAAAUAACUUUUCAUUAGUGAUUAAUGGGACGCCCUUCAGCUGGUCAGAUUUCACAAAUGAAAUAAUGUCAACAGUGAAUAUUAGUAUUACAAAUGAGGAAGAGGUGAUUGUUUAUGCUCCAGAAUAUUUAACCAAACUUAAACUCAUUCUUACCAAAUACUCUGCCAGAGAUCUUCAAAAUUUAAUGUCCUGGCGGUUCAUAAUGGAUCUUGUAAGCAGCCUCAGCCGAAGCUACAAGGAAUCCAGAAAUGCUUUUCGCAAGGCAAUUUAUGGCACAACGUCUGAAGCUGCAACCUGGAGACGUUGUGCAAACUAUGUCAACGGAAAUCUGGAAAAUGCUGUGGGAAGGCUUUAUGUAGAAGCAGCCUUUGCUGGGGAGAGUAAACACCUGGUUGAGGAUUUGAUUAAACAGAUUCGGGAAGUUUUUAUUCAGACUUUAGAUGACCUCACUUGGAUGGAUGCUGAAACCAAGAAGAAAGCUGCAGAAAAGGCCUUGGCAAUCAAAGAAAGGAUCGGCUACCCUGAUGACCUUAUUUCAAAUGAUGAUAAACUGAAUAAAGAGUAUCUUGAGUUGAACUACAAGGAAGAUGAAUACUUUGAGAACAUAAUUCAAAAUUCGAAGUUCGGCCAAAGUAAACAACUAAAGAAGCUCCGUGAAAAAGUGGACAAGGACGAGUGGAUAAGUGGAGCAGCUGUAGUCAAUGCAUUCUAUUCUUCAGGCAGAAAUCAGAUAGUCUUUCCAGCUGGCAUUCUGCAACCGCCCUUCUUCAGUGCCCAGCAGUCCAACUCAUUGAACUACGGGGGCAUUGGCAUGGUCAUAGGACACGAAAUCACCCAUGGCUUCGAUGACAAUGGUAGAAAUUUUAAUAAAGAUGGAGACCUUGUUGACUGGUGGAGUCAACAAUCUGCAAAUAAUUUUAAAGAACAAUCCAAGUGCAUGGUGUACCAGUAUGGAAACUUUUCAUGGGACCUUGCAGGUGGACAACAUCUCAAUGGAAUUAAUACAUUGGGAGAAAAUAUUGCUGAUAAUGGAGGUAUUGGACAAGCAUACAGAGCUUAUCAAAAUUAUGUUCAAAAGAAUGGCAAAGAAAAAUUACUUCCUGGGCUUGAACUAAACCAUAGACAACUAUUCUUCUUGAACUUUGCUCAGGUGUGGUGUGGAACCUACAGGCCAGAGUAUGCUGUCAACUCCAUUAAAACAGAUGUGCACAGUCCAGGCAAUUUCAGGAUUAUUGGAACUUUGCAGAAUUCCCCUGAGUUUUCAGAAGCUUUUCAUUGCCGCAAGAACUCAUACAUGAAUCGAGAGAACAAAUGUCGGGUUUGGUGA